AUGGCGAUUUCGAACCAAGCCAUUAGACAAGGCGCUCGAUAUUUCGGAGCUGUUUACGGAGAAUUGUCUAAAGGACAAGGGCUACAGAGACUAAUUUUAAAAAAAGUAUGUGUUGAACAAUUUAUAUUUCAAUGAAUUUAUAUUUAUUUCCGAAAACCCAGCGUUUGAUAAACGUUUUUCAACAGGCGAGGAGUGGUGACUACGUUGUCAUUAUGUCAUAUUAGAAUUGGCUCAAUUUAUAAUAUUUGAUCAUCAAUAUUUUGCUGUGACCUGGCACUGUAACCUUUGUUCACGAAGAUAUGUUUUGUUUUUAGAGUUCUAUAUUGCCUAUAAAGUUAAAGAAAUCAUGCUUGAGUACAGAG